CCCACCAUUCCCCCUUGGCCGUCAUUCCCUCUUUGACCAUCAACACACAUCAAUCAUGGCAUUUCCGAUUCAGGACUUUCAUAUGCAGCAGGCCUUGCUGGAGAGGCAGCGCCAGAUGCGGCUAGCUCAAUUCGCAGAGAAACAGCAGCAGACAUUAGAAGUGCGGCGGCAGGCGCGACAGCUGUCAGGACUACCACCGCAGCCACAGCGGCCGGUACAACAAAAGUUCGGUCCAUGUGUGCCUCCACCGGUUCAAGACCCAGCCCUGGAGCAGGUCUUGCAUGAAGAACUGCGCCUAGUAAUGCUAGCCCGACAAGCGGAGCAUCUGCAGCAGAAUCAGCCCCAACAACUCCAGUCGCAAUGGCAGCCGAAACAAGGACCACCCCGACCACGAUCCUUGGAAGAGUUGCAGGCAUUUCAGACCCAGCUCCUGGCAAUGGAGCCGGACGAGCGUAGGCGGGCGAUUGAGCGUCGAAUGGUCGAGCGGAAGGCACAACGACAGGAGCAGCAGCAGCAGCAGCAAUAUCAACACCAAAAAGAAUCCGAGCAACCACCGCAGCCACAACAGCCACAACAGCCAGUACAACAGAUACAUCCGCUCCACGGCCCCUACGGGGUGUUUCAGCUUCAAUCUCAGCUUCAGGACUUUCGAAUGCAGCAGGCCUUUUUGGAGAUGCAGCGCCAGAUGGUUCUAGCCCGAUUAGAGGAGCAGCAGCAGGAGCAGCAGCAGCAGCAGCAGCAGGAGGAAGGACAGCACGGGGCUCCCAAUGUCUCCGGCAGUCCUGCAGUCAAAGAAGACACGAUCGGCGAUACCCCCUCCCCCAAGGUCCCUGUCCAUGUCUUCCAGGAUUACCAGCUUGGGCUCACACUGCAGUACCGGCGCGUGCAGCUGCAGCGCGCCUACCGGCAGUCGCGGGUCGAGCACCUGCUGGCCCGGCAGGAGUCUAUGAAGGACAGCUACGCGCAACUGCUUCGAUGGGGUCUCGAGCGGUCAUCGCCGCGCACAGAAGACGAGGCGGAGAUAUUGACGGACCUGAAGCGACUGCUGGAAGCCGGGUUGGUGGCGAUUCAGCGCGCCAUGCAGGAGCCGCCGACCGUCGAGCUUACCGACGAAGACCGGCAGCUGGACCUCCAAUUGAUCCAGCUGAAUCGAUUGCGGUACGGGGUGAGAGACAAGCACAUCGCUGAGGGCUUGGUCGACCCUGACGAGGGAAUCAAGAGGACGAUGAACACAAGGCUAAGCUCCGAGGGAUUCGAGGAUCUGAGGUUGCACUUGGACCGUCGGCUCGCCUGA